GAAGAGAUUGUCGUUUUGACAAGCAGGGAGCUAACUUUCUAGUAAAGUUAUUCUUUUCCUGUAAGUGUUAUAAUUAUCCGUCUUCGUUACUUGAUAGAGUCUCUGUAAAUACUGCAGGAGAAAAUGUCCUUCAUCAUCAACCUGAUCUCUGGCAGCCUUCGGUUCGUGUUUGAUUUGCUCCGGAGACUCUUUGGCAAGAGCAGACCUGCCAUUACCCUUGAAGACCUCAAUUUGAAGUAUCCAUUGCGCCUUGUGGACAAAGAAAUUAUUAGCCAUGACACAAGGAAAUUUCGCUUUGCUUUAAAAUCACCUGAUCAUGUUCUUGGACUUCCUAUUGGGCAACACAUCUACCUGUCUGCCAGGAUUGAUGGCAACAUUGCGGUGAGGCCUUACACCCCGGUGUCUAGUGAUGACGACAAGGGCUUCGUGGAUCUGGUGGUGAAGAUAUACUACAAAAAUGUCCAUCCAAAAUUCCCCGAGGGUGGGAAGAUGUCCCAAUAUUUGGAGAGCCUUCGUAUUGGUGACACGAUUGAUUUCAGAGGACCAAGUGGGCUGCUGGUUUACAAGGGCAAAGGAUCAUUUGCAAUCAGGCCUGAUAAGAAAUCAGACCCUGUGGUGAAAACCGCAAAACAUGUUGGCAUGAUCGCUGGUGGUACAGGCAUUACACCUAUGCUCCAGAUAAUCCAAGCAAUCAUGAAAGAUCCAAAGGAUGAGACUGUGUGCUAUUUACUUUUUGCAAACCAGACAGAAAAAGACAUUCUCCUACGCCCUGAGUUAGAAGAGGUCAUGGCCAAUCACCCGGCACGUUUCAAGCUGUGGUACACCGUCGACAGGGCACCAGACGGUUGGGAAUACAGCCAAGGCUUCAUCAGUGAGGAUAUGGUGAAGAACCACCUUCCUCCACCCGGUGAUGACACACUCAUCCUCAUGUGUGGACCUCCUCCCAUGAUUCAGUUCGCCUCCAACCCCAGCCUGGAGAAGGUGGGCCAUUCCAUUGACAGGCGCUUCACCUUCUAGAAGGGUCUCACCUGUGACACCUGAAAGCAAGCGGUUUUGCAUUAAACAAGUGCAGCUUCAGUUAAAAUGAUAGCUAUGCUACCACCUGCCAAAUGCCCGUAUGGAUUAUACACAUUUUACCUGCACAUUAACUGAUCUGUAUCUAUAAUGAUGCAAAGAAAAUGCCUGUACCUUUUCAGCUUAUAUCAAAAUGUACCGACUGUUUUUUUUUUUUGAGAAACUUCUGCAUGCAUAAAGAUGUAUCUGCCAUUAAGUCAUGGAGAAGUUGUGUGUGUUUUAUGCCUGGAUUAAAGCAAACUUUUUUUUUUA